UGCCGUCGUCCUUUAGUCUCGCGUUUAUCGUCGUUGCGUCGAUAUCGAUAUCGUCAUUAUCAAUGUCGCCGUAGUUACUGUCGUCUUCGUCAUUACGAUUCGCGCGAUCUUAUUUUACAUGUGACGUACGAUGAUAAAAAUGCGCGCGUUUUUUCUUUAUCGGGUAUUUUGUGACGUUCUAUGAGUGGAUUAAAAAUCAAGAGAAAAAAAUUUGUCUUUCAUUCUUAUAUGCCAGUUCUAUUUUUAUAAACGGAUUUCUUUUACGAGUUAUUAAAAUACUAAUGACAGUUUUAAACUGUUGGAUUUCAAAGUUUAAUAUCGAUAAUAAUUAUGAUCAUUGAUCAAUGAUCCUACACGAUCAAUUGAGUUGUAAUAAUAAUGAUGAUAAUUAUAAUAAAAACAACAAUCACAAUAACCUGUGUUCUCGUUAAUAUGGGUCGAUCAUAGUUGUGUUUUAAUAAAACGCCGGUGUCCGUGUAAAUCUGUGACACAUAUUUCCUGUGUGCAUAUAUCUUUGAAUAGUAGGUCAAAGUACUAUCGUGGAAGAAGGACAAUCAAUCGAAGAUAUUGAUCACCGAUCGAGUUCGAAGUGCAAACAAGGUUACGAUAUCAUCGAUAUCGAACCAUUCUUCUUUUCAUUUUGAUUCGAAAACGUGGUCGUCUUUUUAAAGUGUAGAGUAGAAGAGGAGUCACUGGAAGUGCCUCGAGCAGUCUUCCGGGAUCAAAAAGGGUCCGUUCGAGAGAAGAUGCAAUCCUUGUCGAUAAGCGAAACCGGAAAAGUUAUUGCGAUACUCCGCUAGAAAUUCGAUUCGUUCGGUGGUGCGAGGGUUGAGAAAGGGUGAGAGAGAAGGGGAAGGAGAAAGACAGGGAGAUGGGAGAGUGGAAGGGUUAGGUAGUGCGCAAAAGUAGCCGCUAGAUAAGAAGAUAGGAGGGAAAGAAGAAAAGAAGGAAAGAGAAAUAAUACAACGAAGGAAACGAAGAAAAAAAAAGAGGAAUGUUCACGAAAAUUUAUGGAAUGAGAUUAGUGUAAUUGGAGGAUUUGUGUUCACCAAAGUUCUCCUUUAAAUUUCUCUCUUCUGGUGGACAUUAGAAAAUGGAUGAAUUGGGAUCUACGAGAUAGUGUUGGAUAGAAUUGUAAUUAAAACGACGUCAUCGUGUGGAAUGAACGAUUCCAUUUCAUUCUUCUUGAAAGGUUGGAAUCUUCCAAUCGAAUCUAUCGUAGCGGAUUUCUGUAAGGUGCUUUAGGAAGAUAUGCAGCUGAUGCUAUUUGGAUUAAAGCGAUCGAAUAACAGGUAUCCAAUUGCAGGAGAGAGAACAAUGAAUCGAUCCUAAUAGUCGAUCGCGCAAAGAGAAAAGGGAUCAAAGAAGCAUUGCAUUUAUUGCGGUGCUUGCCUGUCGAAAGCACGCGAGUACAAUCGAUUUGGUCAUUGCUUCUUGAUUGGAAAGCAUCCGCAAAUCGACUCGUAUGAUGAAUCGCAAAGACAAAAAGUCAAGCGAUAUACGUUCACUUUAACGAAUUGCUAUGAUGAAUAAAUUCCAGAAAGAACGAUCUAUUCCGAUUUGUAAGAUAUUAUGCUUCUAAAAAGAGGGUAUCGUAAAGGAGAGUAGAGUGUUUUGCUGGUGGACAUCGGUUUGGCUGUUAAAUAAUGAACUCUUGUAAUCGUUCAUCGAGUUCGCUUCAAAGAAGAACGAACGUUGCCGUCGGCGGUGCAUUGAAAGGUUAAAAUGCUCGACUAUUUUUUGAGGAACAAACAAAGGGCUAACGAAUGAGCUCGUCAUCGUUAAGAAAGCAUUGUCUUCGCGAUGAAGAGACGUCCGAUGGGAAAAGUUCGCGAGAAAAGAUCGACGACAGAGAUCAUCAUAGCAGCGAUAAUCUUUACGUAGUUUCAUUAAAAUUUCUGGAACGUAUUAAGUAGGAGGUGAUAGAUGUAUUUCAUUUUCUGUUACUGAUAUCGGACAAAUUAAAAUCAUCGAGCCUCAUGAGAUCCAUCGUUUCUGUGAGUCACGCGGAAGAAGGAGCGUGCUGGUCAAAUUCAACGAUCGCGAUCGUUUGGGCGGUCCGGUGAAGUUAUGAGGCGGCGUAACAACGGCUUUACGGCUGGCGGCAAUAAUGUCGCCUUUUGCUGCCAAAACGCGAGAAAAGCUGGAAAUCGCUCUUUUGCUAGUGGUAGUUGCAACGAAUCGGAGGGCAACGAACCACCGGAAUGGUGCAUCUAUGCGGCUGUUACCCUCGUCGCGAUUGGUUGUUAUCUGAACGCUCUUGGUGGAGAUUUUGUGCAUGAUGAUAUCCCAGCUAUUGUAAGGAACAAGGAUGUGAUCGCUCAAACCCCUAUCGCUAACAUUUUAAAGGACGAUUUUUGGGGUACGCCGAUGCAAGAUGUCAAUAGCCACAAGAGUUAUCGUCCACUUACUACUCUUACAUUUCGAUUGAACUAUCUGAUGUCAGGCUUGACGCCAACGUGGUAUCACGCAACGAACGUCGCGUUACACGCCGCGGCAUGCGUUUUAGUGACCAGAGUGAGCUUAACCGUGGCGUCACUUCGUCCUGGAUUCGCGGCAUUGACCGGCUUGUUAUUUGCCGCUCAUCCUAUUCAUACCGAGGCCGUGACUGGCAUCGUCGGGAGAGCGGAUGUUCUCGCCUGCAUCUUUUUCCUACUCUCUUUCCUGGCUUAUCAUGGUCAGCAGACAGCCUAUGUGUGGAGCAGUGUGUGUCUUGGUACCCUGUCAAUGUUGGCUAAGGAAACCGGUGUUACAGUUCUACUCCUAAACCUUCUUUACGAUCUUUGUCGUUCCUGGCAUUCAAUCAGGAGAUCUAUUUCCGAAGCUCGAUGGAACGAAGACUCACGACACUUUUCCAGGCGUGCAGCCGCUUUACUAGUUUCCCUCGGGAUACUUUUGGUAGUAAGGCUCGCCCUUCUUCACGGUGCUUUGCCGAAAUUUUCGCCACAGGAUAAUCCUGCAGCUUUUCAUCCCUGUUUCCACGUUAGAUUACUAACGUUCUGUUAUUUGGCGGCGUUGAACUGUUGGCUACUCCUAUGCCCUGUGACACUCUCUCAUGAUUGGCAAAUGGGUUCCGUUCCUCUGGUUACAUCUUUAGCUGAUACUAGGAACCUGGCGACGUGUCUCUUUUUUGGCGGCUGCUUAGUUCUCACAUACAAAGCUUUUACGGAUUUUGAGCAACAAAGGCACCCGCCCCUUAUCCUUGGUUGGAUGUUCCUGGUGCUACCGUUCCUACCUGCGUCUAAUCUUUUCUUAACUGUCGGAUUCGUCGUUGCGGAGCGCGUACUGUACAUGCCAAGCGUUGGAUGGACCUUAUUAGUUGUGUACGGUAUUCAAGUGAUUUGGACAGCUCUACCACGGCGAAGAAGUUUUAUUACAGCUGGGGUGGUCUUGCUUCUUAUUUUAGGAUGCUACAGAACCUUUCUUCGAAACAAUGAUUGGACGUCACGAGAGACUUUACUUAGAGCUGGUUUGCGGUCUCUGCCUCACAAUGCCAAGAUGCAUUACAACUUCGCCAACUUCCUAAGAGAUACGUCACAACCGAACCGUGCAAUUCUCCAUUACCAGUUAGCCCUAUGGUUAUGGCCAACUUACGCGAGCGCUCACAAUAAUCUUGGGACGUUGACGGUAGGCGAUCAAGCGGAGCAACAUUUUCUGGCCGCCAUCCACGCCCAACCUGGUCACGUCAAUGCGCACUACAAUUUAGGACAAUUGUACAGGAAGACGAAUAGGACGGAGGAGUGCAUCAAGAUGUUGCAGAAGUGCGUAUCAUUAGAUCCAGCUUAUAUUCCAGCAUACCUCGUCCUCGCGAGAUUAGCAACCGGUCCCGCAACGGGAGUUCUUCUAAGGCACGUCGUUCGUUUGCAACCUCGAAGUCCGGAUCAUCUCGCGGAGUAUGCUACAUGGUUAUAUCAAAACGGAAAAUGGCUACCCUCUCUGAAGUACUAUCUCAAGGGCAUGGAGGUCUCACCAUCGCAUAGAUCGUCGCUCGUAGGUACAGCGAGGAUUCUUAGGUCGAGAGGUCAAUGGCCGAGAGUGCAUCAACUCAUAACCAGAUGGCACCUGAUGUUACGAGCGAAAAGGGGUGGCUUAAUAUAUCGAGGUGAUCUUUAUAUUCGCGCGUGGCAACUUCAAAGUGAAUCUCGUCAAAGAGCUCAUCAACACCAACGAAAUCUUUGUCUAUCGGAGGAGAAUUGUUCAACACCUCGUGUCGCGAGCGUGUCGGUGCAGUUGGAACAAGACAGCAACAAGUCCGAACAAUUGGAAAGGGCACCUCGUUGCAGUGUACGGACCUGUCGCCAAGCGAGAAAGGGAAAAUCUCGUGUGACAGCACCAGCACUUUUGGUUCAAAAUCUUCUUGAGACACUUUAGUCACGGUUUUUAUUGUCGAACGAAUGUCUUACGAUUGAACGUGAUGCUUCUACGAUACUCGGAAGAAGAAGAAAUGAAAGAAGCGGGAAAAGAAAAAGAAAAAGAAGAGAAAGAUCUUCAGCGCGAGUGUUUAUCCGCUCUCGGUGAACGUUGCGACCCGCGAUUUCGUGAGUGGUAUGAAACUGUUUUAUAGUUGUACGUUAAGAAGAAAGAAAGGAAGAAAAAAAGAAAGAAAGAAAGAAAAAAAAAGAAAUAUAGCAAAGAAAACGCGUUUCAACGUCUCUUAUCGUUUUUACGUCUUCUACGUGUUUUAUCUGUGGUGUUUUUUAUCUGUCAAUCAAGAGAGGACACUGUCCCAGACUCUUCGAAUGGAACUUUGUGAGCUUAGACCAAAGGGUGAGAGAUAGGUAAAAAAAGUCUGAAAGAAGAAAAUAGAGGGAGGAGGAGGGAGAGCGCGUAAAAGGGAAGGGCAGAAAGGGAGAAAGAAAGAAGUUUUUCUUUUUGUGUGAUUAUUUGACAAUACGAUGCUAUACAAGAUUCUUACAAGGUCCGAAACUGUAAAAUUAAUUUUUAUCAACGAUUCAAAGAGAUCGAGUUGCUACGACGACAAUUAAUCCUUCCGGUGUCUUAGUUGUAAACGCAAGAAAUUUCACAAGUUCGCGUUUGGAUGAAACGAGUUCAAUAAUUAUAGUUUAUUAUUUACAUUAUAUAUAAUAAAUAAUUACACAUUUUAAUAUUUUACUUUUUUCGUUUAUUUUAAUUUAUGAAUUACCAUAUAAAUUCAAACAAAACAUUUUAUAAAUUUUUUAUAAACUGUUUGAAGUCGAUCGAUCGUAAUACGUCAAACUAAUCAUACUUUCUAUAUAUUACAGCGAUCGACUUUGAGGAUGAGAUUAAGUAUAGAGGGAAAAAAAAGAAAAAAGAAACGAAAUAGAAAUUAAAUACGUUUGUAUUUGAUUUCUUUUCUCAACAAAACCUUAUCAAUUCAAUGAGAACAGGAGGAACUUAGCCGCUCUUUCCUAAAGCGAAACUCGUUUCUACGAACAAUAAAGUCGAUCUCCCUCAACGAGAAACGCGAAAAAGGAUCCGCCAAGAGAUAUCACGUAAUUGUAAAUAUCAUUAUCUACUUUCUUCUUUUUUCUUAUUCUCUCUCUCUCCCUCUCUCUCUCUCUCUCUCUCUCUCUCUCUCUAUUUCUCUCUCUUUUUCUCUUUCUUUUUUUUUCUUCUUAGGGAAGAAGAACUCGAAAAGUAUCGGUACCGGAGAUUUAUUUUUCACACGAAAAGUAACGCUAUGCGAGAUGCUUACAAGUCACGCAAAGUAACAUAGUUUCCUUUAUUUCUUUCUCUCUAUCUCUCUUUUUCUCUGCUUCGUUCCGAAUCUUUCUUCGUUUCUUUUUCUUUUCUUUUUUAAUUGAUCGUUAUUUAUUCUCUUUUCUUUCUCUCUCU